UCAAUUUCAAUUUCAUAUUCACAUUCACAGUUUCACACACAAUCAUUACAUACAAUUAAUGUCUACCUUUAUCCACUUCAACUCUCCGUACAACACACUCUCACCUGAUCAAAACACUUGUUCAUCAUCUUCUGCUAGCUUUUCCGACGAUGAGGUCAUGCUGGCGUCAAAGAACCCGAAGAAGCGAGCCGGGAGGAAGAAGUUCAGGGAGACUCGACACCCGGUGUACCGCGGAGUGCGGCGGAGGGACUCCGGGAAGUGGGUGUGUGAAGUAAGAGAGCCUAACAAGAAAACAAGAGUGUGGUUGGGGACAUAUCCCACUGCUGACAUGGCAGCUAGAGCGCAUGACGUGGCGGCUUUGGCCAUGCGGGGCCGGUCCGCGUGUUUGAAUUUUGCUGACUCGUUGUGGCGGUUGCCUGUCCCCGAAUCGAGUAAUGUGAAGGAUAUACAGAAGGCGGCGGUUAAGGCGGCCGAGGCGUUUCGGCCGACCGAAGCUGAGGUGGUGGAGAGACAAGAGGUGGUGGUCGGAAAUGAGGUUUUUGUUGAUGAUGAGCGUGUUUUUGACAUGGAGGGGAUUCUUGCUGACAUGGCAGAAGGGUUGAUGGUACCGCCACCUAGGACUGUUGGGUUUGAGGAUGACGUGGAUUUUUGUUUUGACACGUCAUUAUGGAGUUUCUCAAUUUAGAUGUGCCACUUUAGAUUAUUAAGGUUGAUAAUUGUAUUUUUAGACGGAUGGUAUUUAUUAUUUAGCCAAGGAUACCAUAUAUAUGAAGACAAGUAAGGCCUUUUUAUGGCAAUAAAACAAAAAAAAAAAGUUAUAAGUUGAA